AUGCACCCACCGGCAAAGCUUGAGUGUUGCCUACGACGUGUUGAUGAAUCAACUAUUUUCAUGACUUAUCCUGAUGGGGAUUCGGCGUCUGAGAUGCAACGCAUCGCAGACCUUGAUAGGAUCGAAGGGACCAUCCGACCACUGGGUCCCAGCUUGGUUAAACUUUACUUUAACAUUGUGCAUCCUACAUUCCCUAUUCUACAUAAAGAUGACUUUCUUGACAAGCAUGCCCGAUCCCAUCACGAGUUCCCUCCUUCACUUCUGGCUGGUGUCUAUCUUAUAGCCCUGGAUUGGCAGCAAUUCAACAAAGAGCUCGCAGCUGUACCAAGGGCUCUUGACGCCGCGAUACUGGAAGAUCUGGCGAUGCGCGCGAUUGAGAAUGACAUGAAGCGGCCAACACUGUCAACGCUGCAAGCAGGAUUGCUGUUGCUGCAACGAGUCAGGCGGACAAAUAAUACCCUUCUCACCCAACUGGUUUUUCUGGGCCAGACUUUGGGUAUCCAUGUUGACUGCAGUGACUGGUUUAUCCCGGCGUGGGAGAGAGGCUUGCGGUGCCGCCUGGCAUGGGCCCUGUACAUGCAGGAUAAAUGGGGAGCCCUUGUUCACGGCCGACCAUCUCUGAUCUCCGAUCGCCUAGCUUGGGAUGACGAAAAUAAUAGCGACUGGGAUGUCCGGCCUUGUACGGUAGAAGAUUUCCAUGAGAUAUUAAUCAAGGCUGAGGAUGUACCUUAUGGAAGCGUCGAUGCGAAAGCAGGCCGUGUCUCGUUCAUACACGCUAUCGAGCUGACUAGGAUCUUCAGUCAGCUUCAGUAUGCGUUCUGUUCCGUCGGGGCAACGAAGAAGGGAGGCAGACUCGACAAAUUAGGUGCGACCGGGACCAUGGCACUUGCAGAGUCUUUCGCGCAGCAACUUCGGCAGUGGUACACCAACUUACCCGGAUGCUUGAAGCUGGAUACAACCACCCACAUGCGGGGUCUCUCUGCCAAUGGCGCCUUACAUCUUUCCCACAUGGCAGCCGAACUCACAUUGCAUCGCGCAGUGCUUCGCGCCUUAAGACCAGAGACUCCGCCAAGUCUCAAAUCUACCAUCCGAACUGCAGCUCGCGCUCGUCUUCUUUCAGCCUUGAAGCUCGUGGAAACGCUCCAACCUAAGCAUACACAGUCAUUCUGGGGAUUCGCCGCGCCUGCCCAGAUGGCGAUGAUUGGCUCUUUUGCUGGACUUCUGUGGGCUACGAGUGCAGAUUGUGAUGAGGCAAUCGAAUAUGUUCAUCAGAUAGAACGAUUGCGGUGGGCAUUGCAAGUGCGCGGAUCGGCGGUCCCGUUUAUUCGUGAAGCUAUCCGUAUGCUUGAUGAGGAAACUGGCGAUCUAGAGGCCUUGAAGACUGCAACAUACCAGGCUUUCUCUUAG